AUGAAGGGCAGGAGGCUCUUCAGUGUCAAGGAUCGGGAGAAGGACAAAUAUGGCUCUCACCGCAGGAACAAGUCGUCAGAGCCGGGUCAUAAGAACCGCCCUCUCUCUGCCGACAACUUCUUCUCGCUCUUCAAGUCCGACGCCUCCCGCCAAAUAAACAGCAGCCACGAGGAUAAAGCUAAGAUUGAGGACGUAUUGCAGCUCCUUGCCGAAGACAACCCCGAAUAUACCAAACACAGCAUUUCUCCCGAUCACAUUCGCCAAGUCCUCCACAGCUAUUAUGCGGCUGGUGAUGUCAGGAAAGCCGCCGAAUUCAUACAGAUGCAGAGCGAUGCGAGUGCUGGCAAGAUCUACCCAUACAACCCUAAUGUGCAGAUGAGCGGCGCCGAGAACAGGGAGGCUGUGACCUGUUACCUGGACUCUUUGCUCUUCUCCAUGUUCGCACGGAUGGACGCUUACGAAGGCAUGCUCAAGCAUGAAUUCACCGACGAACCGCGGCGGAAGUUGGUCACGCUUUUGCGACUCUGGGUCAAUAUGCUGCGGUCGGGCAAGUUGAUUUACACAGACAUGACGAAACUUAUACAAGACAGCCUCGCUGAGUGCGGAUGGCAAGACGCCAAAGAACUGGAGCAGCAGGACACAUCCGAGGCAUUUGCUUUCAUCACGGAAACCUUGCAAUUACCCUUGCUACAACUACAAGUCGACCUAUUUCACCAGGGCAAAAACGACGAUGAUGACCACAAGAUAGUCAACGAACGUCUUCUCAAUCUUGCUGUACCCCCAGAUCCAGAGGGCAAGGGACUUCGUCUCGAGGACUGUUUAGAGGAAUAUUUCAACACGCAAGUCGAUGUGCUCCGAGACAGCAACCAGGAGGAGAAGAGGGACGCAAGACGGCCGACAACGUCUCGACUUAAUACGAUUAGAGUCGUGACGCAGAACGAGGAAACCGAGUCGCCUACAAAAGCAGUUGUCGUCUCCCCAGUUGAAUUUACACCAGUACUGGAUAGGAGGCCGACGGAGACUGCCAAUGGCUUGAUCAACGGAGAGACGGCCGAAUCUUCGAGACCUGCCGCUAGACACCGUUCCACCAGCGUGAUUCAGCAUGUUCUUGUGGACGGAAAAGGUCGGCCAGCAGAAACGGACAACUCCUCCCUGCUCGAGAGGGCACGACGCAAGAGCUCGACCGUUGUCAAGGCUGUGACUAUUCCAGCGUGGCAGUUCUUUCGACUGAUUCCUUGGCACUCUGCAGGAAAUAGCGAGCCUCAGAAUGACCAGGAUGUGGCGGUCAAAUUCUCUCAAAGGCCAGUAGUCGGCAUCUGCUUGAAGCGCUAUGGCCUUUCCGAGAGAAUGGUCCCCCAACGCCUCAACACAUUCAUCGAUAUCCCAGACAGUCUGCGUCUGCCACACUUUAUGCUAGCGGACGAAAAGCACCUAGAAGAGGACCCGAAUGGGUUUAGUACGGAGUACAAGCUCGUGCUGCAGUCGGUGGUCUGCCAUAGGGGUGAGUCUGUGAAUAGCGGCCACUACAUUGCAUUCUCCCGAGUUGCGCCAAAGCUCCUCACGGAUAACCGAAGACACGAUCUCGAUCCACCCCCGGAUUAUGAGGAGGCGCAGUGGGCUAAAUUUGACGACCUCCAUAUCGACAGCCGAGUCACGUAUGUUGAUGAUAUCAAACAAUCAAUCAAGGAAGAGAUGCCGUAUCUUCUCUUCUACCAGAUUGUACCUAUGAUGGAAGUAGUGUCUGCGGACGAGACUGAAACGGAACCACCUUCCUAUGCCGACUCGAAAGCAAGCAUCGCCACAUCGACAGAUCCCAGCCUGGCUGACAGCGGGCAUAUGGGAACUACUGGGUCCUCCAGCGGUGAUUACUUCGAGAAGGCGACGAAAGCGCAGGCCCCGAGCAUUCGAUUCUCGUCAGAUAUAGAGCGGCCCAGCCGUGACAGCAUCGAAGACUUGGACCCACACUCCAAGGACUCUCGGCGCACGAGCAUCACUCCGCUGGAGUCCGUGAUUGGUACGCCAGGCAGAACGCCCGAUACCGCAUCUCCGGCAGUCACGCCGAACGAAGAGACGACGCGUGAGCGCUUCUCACGUGCGGCUGCCUUGUUCUCAAACAAGUCUAGGAGUCGCCCCCCUAGUCAGGCGGGCGAAGGGCGCAUCAGCCUCACGAUGGGCCGCCUCGGCGGCUUCAUGCGGCCAAGCAAGGAGAUAUUGCGAGACGGCAAUGCCAUCGGUCACAUUGUCAGCGCGCCGCCCGUACCGAACGAGGCCGGCCCGACGGAGGUGACGGACAGGCCAUCGGUAGAUCUGCCACGCCCGUCGUUUGAGUCAGAUUCCUACCCAGAUACUCGGGCAGACGUCAAAUCAGAUGUGACGGCCACGCCCAGGAAGCACAGGCACGAGCACGGACACAAGCGCGGCAAAUCCAAGGUCAAGGGCGUACAGCCUGAGCGAGAGUGCAUUCUUAUGUAG